AUAAAAUGGGUUCUUACUGUUAUAGAUCAAUAUUGGAUGUGAGUGAUGUUUGGCCUAUUCCUGGAAGUUAAAAAGGCCUAUGAGCGACUCAGCAGAAGCUAUAUUCCAAUUCAUGAAAAUCUUUUCUGGUUGAUGGCUUGAUGUGAUGAUUGCUAAACAACAAUGGUACUAGGACGGAAGAGGUUGUUUCCCUUGCUGACCAUGAGCUUUUGUGAAGCCAAUUGUUCUGGUAGAGGUGAUUGCUUCAAUGGCACGUGUGUCUGUGAGGUGGAGUUUGGAGGAGAUUGGUGUCAAGAUCCAAAUCGAAGUUACUUCUUAGCAUUUGCAUCCAUAUUCUACACUGUGUGUGCUGUUUCCUUCCUGCAACUCAUCGUGUGCAUGUAUGCAGAGGUGCAACGAAUGAAGACACCCUCAUUUAGAAGAGCAUUUCGUGUCACCACACAGAAGGCUCUUUAUGUCCUCAUCUUCAUUGCUGCUGCAUUGCGUGCUGUAUACUUUUCAUUCGGCGAAAACCAUGACCUGAGUUUGUCAUCCAGUCUCCUUGGAGCAUAUUAUGCUGUGAUGCUCACUGGAUCUUCUCUUAUUGUCUGCUUCUGGGCUGAAGUUUUUCAUAUCCCUGGUGUCAAAUGGGAAAGACCACGGUUUUUGAGCAAAAGUUUCAUUGGCUUUGUGGCAUUCAACAUUAUCACCUAUUCUCUCUUGGCAGCAGAACUUUUAAUGCUGUUUGUUGCUCCCAAGUCCCAAGAACAUCAGGAAUUUCUAGUCCAGAUCUUCAAUGGCUGCUACGCAGUUCUUAUUUUCAUUGUCGUCGUGUUCUUCCUCAUAUACGGAGUGGAGGUCUUUUUCAAGGUGAGAGGAGGCUUCCUGAGAGAUCUUCAAAGGAAUGGACAUGCACUGGAGACGAUAACAAUCAAAGGCAAGAGGGGACGAGAACACCCAGAGACACAGACACAACAGGAGCAAUUACAGCCUGAUGAUGGAGUACAUGAGCCUUCAGAACAUGUCCUGAAUGCCACUGUGGACUUUGGUCAACUCCAUCAGUCAAGAUUUGGUCUUGUAUUCCAAGCAUGCAUACUCUUGUGCACUGUUUGCUUCUUAUUCUCUGAUGUUCUUGGCCACUUCUGGAAGGACAAACCUGAUCAGCUAUGGAUUUUGAAUCCAAAGAGGAUCUUGAAGCGACUUGAUGCUGAUGCUGUGGCAGGAGAAUCUAUAGUACAUCAGCCUGGAGUAUCAGCUGCUGAAGAUGAUGAUCGUAGUAGCAAUGCAAGUGGAGACAGCAAUGUAUCAGGUUUGGAAUGCUGGAUAUGCUAUGAUGGAGAGAGAGCAGAUGCUGGGCCACUAAUACAACCAUGUCAAUGCAAAGGCGGUGUUGGAGCUGUGCAUCAUGACUGUCUUCGUCGGUGGCUCAUUGAGGCUGCAGGAAAAGAUGAAACAGGGGAUGGAGGUGCAAUGCGUUGUCGUGUCUGCGACACACCCUAUCAGUUGGAAUGGGGAGCUGGUAGUGCUUUCAGAGGAGCUUUCCCUAUGAAAAGGAGGCAUUGGGUCCACACCACUCUUCUGACAAUGGUCAUGUGUGUUGCUGGCAUUGGGGCAUGGGCAGCAUUUCAAGUCCAAGCAUCCACAGGAAUCAAGCUCCUGGCUGUGGGAUUGGCACUAGUCGUUCAUUACCUCUGUGUCAGGUUUCUGGGGUUUUCCGUCAUAAAGGCGUAUCAUCGAGCGAAAAUCUCGGCAGUGAAGAUCUUGGGCUCUCGGCCAUCCGAGCCCGAAGCGGAGGGCCAGGAAAGAGUCAUAACUGUGAUGGCUACGAGUCGACUCCUAUUUCCUGUCCCAGAGAGUCACAUCUGAAUUGAACCCCAAUGCUUUGGUUUCGCAACAAGUCCGCGAUGCCCACAUCUCGCUUCAAUACGGUCAUCGCUCCUGCAGAGCAGCCGUGUUAUCACGUGCCCAAUUUCUAGAUCUACAUUUUUUUGUAUUUAUAUGGGGUCCUCCCUGGCCACAAUAGGUGUCUGUGAACAAAUUACUGAAUUUCCUGCUGCUCGUACCUGCACUCAUGCGCACACCCUCUGGAUUCAGACGAGAGUUUCCCUUGGUGUCGUUGACCAUUUACCAGAGGUGAAUGAGAUCUCCUUCACCCCGUGAUAGAAGUUUAAAUCUUUGUACUGAGCUGGCUAUCAUUAAUUGAAAUGGAUCAGAAUUUAUUUAUGGCAGGUGUGACAUUCCUGAACAUGUCAUCGAGGCUAAAAGAUUUUCUAUUGUCGGCUCUCGUCAGACCGUGUGAUCAGGGUGAGAAGAAUUUUCAGAGAUUGGUAUUGUCUCUUGGGAAAUCAUUUUGCACUGCUGAAUCGUCACACCUGUUUUGCUAACAGCCAGGUGCUCUACUAAAAUAUUUAUGUACUUUUUCCCACCUUCUAAAUAAAAAUUAAAAGCGUGUGACCUACAGCAGCACUAAAACAAAGAUUACCAAAAAAUCUAUAAUAGAAUUCCAUGUGUCGCUUCUAGUGAUGAUACCUGUCAAAUAUGUGCUGUUCUUGCUGAACAGACUCAUGGCCCUCGACCAGUGACAACCGAGAAGUUCCUGCCGUGCAGCAGACUCAAAUAUCGAUUGCCCCUCUCCCAAGUCAAAUCGAAUGUGAUAGUGACCCGGUCCCAUAUUUAUGUGGAUCUAGCAUAGACAAGAAGCAGAGGAAUCGGGUGCUCGGUUCGAGCCCCAGGUUCCAUCGUGCCACCCGUGAUGAUGAUGGUGAUGGUAACUAGAAGAGAGGAGCUUUUUCGAGGACCGGUGAUGUUUCCGGAAACACCAAUGCUUUGAUAACGGAGAAAUAUUGAGGAUCGUUUGCUCGUUUUGCCUGCCCUCCUCACCUCGCUGCGCACUAUUUUCUCUCGGUGAAUCUUUUAGUCGAGAGGAUCUUUUGCAUGGAUUUCGGUGUGGUGCCAUAGGAUUCCCUUCUGCAUUUAGGUGCUGUGUACCGAACCGAUGACGGAAGUUUGUUUAGCUCUUUUUUUUUUCCCUUUCCACGACCUCUCAUACUUUUGUACAUAAGAAGUGUCGGCGAUUUUAACCCUCUUCCCCGUGCAUUCUCCCAAGUAUUACGAAAGACAAAGAAUUCCUCGGGCUGGUUUCUCCAUUUCGAUACCCGUGGAAGAGCGGAUGGUUUCCGCGUUUUUAUACGCUCCAGAUCUUGAGCAAAAAUUGUUCGUUCUGUUGGAAACUUCGAAUGCAGGGUUCUUGCGCUCUCUCUUGCGCACUUUUCACUUUUUCCGCGUUUCCGGUCUUUUUUCGCGAUGGAGAAGCCAGUCGAACGAGUGUGUGUGUGUGUUUUUCUUCUUCUCUUUAGAUUUCUUUUUCUUGAUCUCACGAAGAGGAAGCUCUUGGCAUUGAUCGAAGGUACCUUUUUGACGUAAGCACGGGAUUGAGAUUGGUUAUUUUCAGCGUUCCAAGAGUUGUUCUUUCUUCAAGAAAAAAAAUAAAGGGCUUGCCAU